AUGCAUUCUGGUGACUUGACAUUGGGGAUCUUCUUCCUGUCCUAGACUGGUGUUGGAAUCCGGGGAAAUUCCUUUCUCCUUUUUCUUUGUACCUUCUCCUUCUGCAGUGGAUAUAGGUUGAGACCCUCAGACCACAUAGUCAAACCUCUUCUCUUAGCCAGCUCCUUAGUACUUCUCACUAAGGGGAUCCCUCAGACAAUGGUAUCUUUUGGAUUGAACAAUUUCCUGGAGGAUAUUGGAUGUAAAUUUUUGUUUUAUAUUCACAGAGUGGCCCGGGGAGUCUGUUUCUCUUCCAUUUGCCUCCUGAGUGUCUUCCAGGCCAUCACAAUCAUCCCCAAUAAGUCCAGAUGGGCCAAGGUCAAAGUCAGAGUCCCAAAGUGUACUGAGCAUUUCUGUUUUCUUUUCUGGGUGGUUUAUCUUCUAGGAAAUGUAAUGGUUCCUCUGAAAGUGAUUGGCCCAAGGAAAAGAAACAUCACUGGGAGCAAUUCUGGAUACUGUUCUGGUACUGUUCGUAAUCCCACUGGGCUCUCAUUCUAUGCCUUCUUUCAUGUUUCUAUUGAUGUGAUGUGUUUGGGGCUCUUGGUCUGGUCCAGUAGUUCCAUGGUUUUUUUUCUCUACAGGCACAAACAGCAAGUCAAAUAUAUUCACAACCCUAGACACAUCUCCAACCUCUCUCCAGAGACAAAGGCUACUCAGAAUAUCCUGAUUCUUGUGUGUACUUUUGUCAUUUUCUUCACACUUUCUUCCAUCUCAUCCAUUUAUGCGGCUAUGUAUGACAUUCCAAGCUGGUGGGUGUUGAAUGCAAAUGCAUUUCUGGAUGCAUAUUUCCCAACUUUUAGCCCUUUUGUGCUCAUUAGCAGUCAUAUCCAUAUUUCCAAGCUUUGCUUUGACUUCUGUGACAGAAAUGAAAUAGUCCAUAGAUUGCUCACAGUAAUAUAA